UCGGGUUGCCAACAUGGCGUGUGUCUGUUGUACACAGACAACUGUAGGAAUUAAUUUAGCUAGAAAACGCUAACUUGUUUAUUUUUUUUACUUGCUUAUUAAUAAAGUUUAGCUUUGGAUCCUUUUUCCCCCGUGGUGUGUGGCAAUGGUUGCCAUUGCCAAUGUGAUAUUACAUGCGACGAAAUGAACGGGAAAGCAGUGAGUGUUUAACGUUUCGUUAGCUGGGUCACUGCCCGUUUUCUAUCUAGCAUUUCUGUCUGGGUUUAGUUUUUUUGUCCUGGGUCUAAUCCUGAACUGGGUCGAAUGAAGACUGUGGGUGGUAUUGGUAACCCUGUCGAGCCCGUCAGCUGUUUCCUAGAAUGAAAGCUCUGAAGGACAACUUCUUCUACUCCAGGAUAGGAGCUGACGGGGUGUUUGAAAAUGACCGGCAUGUUCUGGUGGAGGAACAGAAGUCAUGCAGGGCCCGAGCUCGCUGCUUCUCCCUGGAAACCAACCGACGAAGGAAGGUUCUGGAGGAGAGGAGGAAGCUGUGGGACAUCCAGGAACAGAGGCUGAGGGAAAGCAUCCUACAGCAACGUAAACAGAGAGUCCAGGAUGCUACCGAACGCUUCCAGAGGGCACAUCUGCCCCCCUCACAGAGACGCAGACAAUCUUUCAGGAAGAGCACCCUUAAUAUCGAGGAGGCACUUAAUCACAUACAAGGCACCUUGACCUUGAGUUCCUAUACCAGACAAUCUCCCACCCCCGACAGGAGCUGCACUUCAUCCCCUAAGCCUCCCCUGACACCCAGCCCGUCGCUCCACCAGGGGACCCUGUCUGCCCUGGAGGCCUACAGCAAACUGAUGCAGGACAGAACCUUCAGCAGCUUCAAGAACAGGCUUCUAUUCCUCAGCCAGCUCCAGGAGACACAGCUGAGGGACAGGGACGAUCUGCAGGGGACACAGCUGAGGGAGAGAGAUGAACUGCAGGGGACACAGCCGAGGGAGAGGGAUGAGCUGCAGGACACACAGCUGAGGGAGAGAGACGAACUGCAGGGGACACAGCCGAGGGAGAGGGAUGAGCUGCAGGACACACAGCUGAGGGACUGGGACGAACUGCAGGGGACACAGAGGGAGAGGGACGAACUGGACACAGCCGAGGGACAGGGAGAACUGCAAGGGACACAGCCGAGGGACAGGGACGAACUGCAAGGGACACAGGAGGGACAGGGCGAACUGCAAGGGACACAGCCGAGGGAGAGGGACGAACUGCAAGGGACACAGCCGAGGGAGAGGGACGAACUGCAAGGGACACAGCCGAGGGAGAGGGACGAACUGCAGGGGACACAGCUGAGGGACAGGGAGCGGGACAUGGUGUUCCUCAAUGAGCUGCAGGACACACAGCUGUGGGACAAGGAGACCUGUAGCAGUCCACAGCAUCAUAAUGUGACUCAGUCAGAGAGCCUGUCCAGUCUGGAUAGCUUGGAGAUGGAGGACGGCUUAAACCACAACAACACAGUACAGAGAGUCCACAGCUCUUGGUUAGAUCACCAGAGACACCCCAAUGGUCCAUCCUCUGACUUGUCCUUUUGUCCACCAACAAAGAGUGUCCUAAGUGGUAACCUCCUAAUCCAACAGGGCAAAGUUGAUGCUAGCCCUCAGCCACCCAGACCAAGGCAGACAGAGGAGUCUGUCGAAGAUUGUAACAGCAGACUGCACCAGCUCUCUCAGGCCACCGGGUGGCAGAGUUGUACAGACCAAUCAUCAUCACAGAGUAACACUAUAACCCAGUCCCCACUCCUCAGUGUCAGUCACCACAGCCUGCUAACUCUGAGUGGGAUUAUAGACACAUCCUCAAUACGUUCAGAUAGCGGUGACCAACACUCUCAGGAGAGGGAAAGUCAUCUGAGGGGGGACCACAGAGUCUCGGGGGUCGUAGUGUGCUCCAAGGCUUCUACCCCAGACAGAACGCUGCUAGAGUUCACCUCUUGUCUGAUCCCAGAGGGAAAGUUAGAAUUUAGGCAGCAGGUGAGAGACCCGGAGGACAAGUAUUCCAAACAACCGUCGGCGACACAGGUCCUUCUGCCUGGGAAAACUUGCAGCCACAAAGACCUUCUGUGUGAAGCCCCCUCCUCAUACCCUGAUCAUAUCCUCAGUUAUAACACUAAAAGUAGCUCAGGGGUCCGAGAGGACACGGCCAACAUUCAGCCAACAAAAAGCACACAACACCAGUCACACGGGAGCAAACCCAGUGUAGAAGAUGCCAUGAACAACCUCAACAAAGGGUCCAACUCUGAGCCCAAAGCAGGGUCCGAGCCCAAAGCAAGGACCAACUCUGAGCCCAAAGCAGGGUCCAACUCUGAGCCCAAAGCAGGGUCCAACUCUGAGCCCAAAGCAGGGCCCAACCCUAAGCCCAAAGCAGGGCCCAACUCUGAGCCCAAAGCAAGGACCAACUCUGAGCCUAAAGCAAGGACCAACUCUGAGCCCAAAGCAAGGCCCAACUCUGAGCCCAAAGCAGGGUCCAACUCUGAGCCCAAACCCGAGAGGUCUAAGAACACAGACCCUCUCAGUCAGACAUUGGGUCAUUGUAAUAUCAGGUCUGACUUCCCUAAAGGCCUAAAGAGCCUGCAGGUGGAAAUAACACCAACACACCUCCCAGAUACACCUCCAUCUCCUCCACCUGUAGCUGCUGUCAGCACAGCCACAGAUCAUAAAGGCACUGAAGUCCGAUGCAUAAAGGGAAUUCUUAAAAAAGAAUCAAAAUAUGGCGUGUCGGGAGGAAACGCCUGUUCUGGUAUGUAUAACGCCAGGCAUUUAAUAUUCACCAAACAAUUCACCAUGUCCAUCAGAGAUAGUGUGGAACUGACCAGAAGGAAAGGCAAGGAUGCAGACAAGAUGAUCAAAAAGAAGAUACGCUGGUUUGACGAGGUAAAUCUGGAGGAAGAGGAGGAGAUGGAACGGAGUCCUAUAACAAACAACAAGUGUGUUUCUGAGUAUCCACUACCUCCAUAUAAACACUCAGCAUCAUCAGACCACCAACAGGGUCAGGGCCAGACGGUGGCCACCAACACCCCUCUGGCCUCCACCGGCUAUCACUUUACCAAGCAGGCCUGGGCAGAUGUCAGGGUCCAGGAGAGCAGGCUGCAGGGGCACCAGGGGAUCCAGGAGAGAGGCCAGGAGGCCAGGGAGACAAGAGUGGAAGCCAGGGAGGUCAAGGUCCAGCGGGGGAGCAGUGGGAGAACUGUGUGCCCCAGAGUCCCCAGGAGAGUGAGAUCUGCCAGGGCAGGGAUGGAUCCUGUUUCGUCCCGCUCCAGAAAAGGCACGGUCAUCAGACCCCAAUCUGCUACGGAGGCCAGCAGCCACGUGGCCUGGGUGACCCACAGGAAGGUCAUGGUGCCUCGUCCCCCGCCCCGCACUGAAACCAUGGAACCAAAAACACACACAAGAGAGACGGAUGCUGUAGUAUCAUACACCACCAAGACUCCUUACAACAUGGAUCACUCUAAUGACACCACCAAGACUCCUUACAAAAUGGAUCCCACUAAUCACACCACCAAGACUCCUUACAAAAUGGAUCACUCUAAUGACACCACCAAGACUCCUUACAAAAUGGAUCCCACUAAUCACACCACCAAGACUCCUUACAAAAUGGAUCACUCUAAUGACACCACCAAGACUCCUUACAAAAUGGAUCCCACUAAUCACGCCACCAAGACUCCUUACAAAAUGGAUCACUCUAAUGACACCACCAAGACUCCUUACAAAAUGGAUCCCACUAAAUACACCACCAAGACUCCUUACAAAAUGGAUCCCACUAAUCACACCACCAAGACUCCUUACAACAUGGAUCACUCUAAUGACACCACCAAGACUCCUUACAACAUGGAUCCCUUUAAUGACACCACCAAGACUCCUUACGACAUGGAUCACUCUAAUGACACCACCAAGACUCCUUACAACAUGGAUCAGUCUAACUCUGCUGCUACUAAAGCAGGGAUUCCUGUAGAUGAGGCUUUGUGUAAUAAUAACACCAUGGACAGCCUCGCUUCGUCCCAGACCCGUACACAUGUCAUUAGUGCAGAUAGCAGCAUUAUUUCCAACCCAUCCAAGGCCACCCCCAUGUCAGGCCAGCAGGACGCCCAGGGAGAGGCUGCCAGAUGGGGACUUCUGUACCAUGAGAAUGGCCUCUGUCUGGACCGUACUCCCACAGACGAGGAGAUCUCCCAGCUCUGGCAUGGAGUCCGUAGUGCCUUAGCCACCAAGGACGGUGACCCUAUAACUGUCCUGCCUCAAGCACGUGCCAACCUGUCUCGCGUUACUAUCAACGGGGACUGCCUGAUCAACGGAGUUAAAGCCAUCACCACGAUGGGAGACUUCUUCCUCUCCCCAACCAAUGCCAGGAGCGUGGUGAGGAGACGACCCCAGGAGAGUCGUGGUAGUGGGGCCAGGAGGAGAGGAACAACUGGCUCAGGGAACAGAAGGCUGCCUCUACCCUCCCAGUCUCAGACCAUGGUGCUGAUAACACCAUUACACAGCAAACAUGACCUGACACGUCAACAUGAAGAGUAUGCAGAAGUGGAGGCCCACAGUGAAGGCCUGCUGGCAGACAGUGAUAUAGUGUUUGCCAAGGAGACGGUGCCAUCCCAGAGGCUAGAGCCAGGUGGAGGUCACAGCCAGCACCAGGGCCAAUCGAUCACUACCAGCCACAGCCAGGGGCACCACGCCCGGGGGCACCAGGGGCACCAAGCCCGGGGACACCAAGCCCAAGAGCAGGGCCAGGUCUCCACCAUCACCAACAUCUCCCUGGAGGAGCAGAAAGUGCUGCUGUCCCUGAAUCGACUCAAUCGUCGGCUGCAAUAUGUGCAGGCCUCAGCUGGAGGCAGCCCUGCAGAUAAAGCUUUCCUAUGUGGUGAAGCGCCCUUUACAGAGGAAGGGACGGGUGCUGCCCACCGUAAACACCGCACGGUCUCCACCGACAACCGCCCGAGAACCCAGAGGAGAUUCUGACACAACGGUCCAAUAUGGCCGCCUGAAUGUCACUCUGUCAGCUUGUGCUUCACUCCAACCUUAUACACUGCUGCAAAAAUAUCUUUAUAAUAACCCUCCCCGAGUUUCAGCACCACCACUAACUCUCUCUGCUGGGAUGAAGACUUCACAACCCAGGACUGUGAAUAAGUCCAUUAUCAAAUGACAGUACUUAUAUUGACUUAUUUACACAUUAUAGCUUCAGUCUUAUAUACAGCCAGGCUUUGCUAUUUGGUUUUGGCCUUUAAUUGAUAGAGAUUAUUUUUGUAUUGAAUAAAUAUAUUUAUUUUCCUGAAAAAUUGUGCGGUGUGUGUAUAUAUUGUACACAAUGAUUGUACACAAUGUAUUGUGUAUCGUAUUGGUACCAUUGUAUUGUACACAAUGAUACCAAUAGGAUUGUAUACUGAUGUGUGUCAGUGUGUAAACUAAUCUUGAUAAUGAUGAAGCAAAAUAAAGUCAUU